AUGCGCAGCCCGCCGGGGCCCCUGGCACUGUGGCUUUGCGCCGCGCUGUGCGCCUCGGCACGCGCGGGCGGCGACCCCCAGCCUGGCCCGGGGCGUCCUGCCUGCCCGGCUCCCUGCCACUGCCAGGAGGACGGCAUCAUGCUGUCAGCGGACUGCUCCGAGCUCGGGCUCUCGGUGGUGCCAGGGGACCUGGACCCCCUGACCGCUUACCUAGACCUCAGCAUGAACAACCUCACGGAGCUCCGGCCGGGUCUUUUCCACCACCUGCGCUUCCUGGAGGAGCUGCGGCUCUCCGGGAACCAUCUCUCACACAUCCCAAGACAGGCAUUCUCCGGCCUUCACAGUCUCAAAAUUCUGAUGCUGCAGAGCAACCAGCUCCAAGGGAUCCCAGCAGAGGCGCUGUGGGAUCUGCCCAGGCUGCAGUCACUGCGCCUGGAUGCCAACCUCAUCUCCCUCGUCCCCGAGAGAAGCUUUGAGGGGCUGUCCUCCCUCCGCCACCUCUGGUUGGAUGACAAUGCACUCACCGAGAUCCCUGUCAGAGCCCUCAACAACCUUCCUGCCUUACAGGCCAUGACCCUGGCUCUCAACCGCAUCCGCCACAUUCCUGACUAUGCCUUCCAGAACCUAAGCAGUCUUGUGGUGCUGCAUCUUCACAACAACCGCAUCCAGCACGUGGGGACCCACAGCUUCGAGGGGCUGCACAAUCUGGAGACUCUAGACCUGAACUAUAAUGAGCUGCAGGAGUUCCCCGUGGCCAUCCGGACCCUGGGCAGGCUGCAGGAACUGGGUUUCCACAACAACAACAUCAAGGCUAUCCCAGAGAAGGCCUUCAUGGGCAACCCUCUUCUGCAGACAAUACACUUUUAUGACAACCCAAUCCAGUUUGUGGGAAGGUCGGCGUUCCAGUACCUGUCUAAACUGCAUACGCUAUCCUUGAAUGGUGCCACUGACAUCCAGGAGUUCCCAGACCUCAAAGGCACCACUAGCCUGGAGAUCCUGACCCUGACCCGAGCAGGCAUCCGGCUGCUCCCACCGGGAAUGUGCCAACAGCUGCCCAGGCUCCGAAUCCUGGAGCUGUCUCAUAAUCAGAUCGAGGAGCUGCCCAGCCUGCACAGGUGUCAGAAGCUACAGGAAAUCGGCCUCCAGCACAACCGGAUCUGGGAAAUCCGUGCAGAUACCUUCAGCCAACUGAGCUCCUUGCAAGCUCUAGACCUGAGUUGGAAUGUCAUCCGGGCCAUCCACCCUGAGGCCUUCUCAACCCUGCGUUCCUUGGUUAAGCUGGACCUGACCGACAACCAGCUGACCACAUUGCCCUUGGCGGGGCUGGGAGGCCUGAUGCACCUGAAGCUCAAAGGGAACUUGGCCCUGUCCCAGGCCUUCUCCAAGGACAGUUUCCCAAAACUGAGGAUCCUGGAGGUGCCCUAUGCCUACCAGUGCUGUGCCUACGGCAUGUGUGCCAGCCUCUUCAAGACGCCUGGGCAGUGGCAGGCUGAGGACCUUCACCUGGAGGAAGAAGAGGCACCAAAGAGGCCCCUGGGUCUCCUUGCCGGACAAGCUGAGAACCACUAUGACCUAGACCUGGAGGAGCUCCAGAUGGAGAUGGAGGACUCCAGGCCACACCCCAGUGUCCAGUGCAGCCCUGUCCCAGGCCCCUUCAAGCCCUGCGAGCACCUCUUUGAGAGCUGGGGCAUCCGCCUUGCUGUGUGGGCCAUCGUGCUGCUCUCGGUACUCUGUAACGGGCUGGUGCUGCUGACAGUCUUUGCCGGCGGACCGAGCCUGCUGUCCCCGGUCAAGCUUGUGGUGGGUGCGAUCGCAGGCGCCAACGCCUUGACGGGCAUUUCCUGCGCCCUCUUGGCCUCGGUGGACGCCUUGACCUUCGGCCAGUUCGCUGAGUACGGAGCCCGCUGGGAGACCGGGCCGGGCUGCCAGGUCACGGGCUUCCUGGCCGUGCUGGGGUCGGAGGCGUCGGUGCUGCUGCUCACACUGGCGGCGGCGCAGUGCAGCGUCUCCGUGACCUGCGUCCGGGCCUACGGGAAGGCGCCAGCGCCCGGCAGCGUCCGCGCAGGCGCACUGGGGUGCCUGGCGCUGGCCGGGCUGGCCGCCGCGCUGCCGCUGGCCUCGGUGGGGGAGUACGGCGCCUCCCCGCUCUGCCUGCCCUACGCCCCUCCCGAGGGCCGGCCCGCCGCCCUGGGCUUCGCAGUGGCCCUGGUGAUGAUGAAUUCGCUCUGCUUCCUGGUGGUGGCCGGCGCCUACAUCAAGCUCUACUGUGACCUGCCGCGGGGUGACUUUGAGGCCGUGUGGGACUGCGCCAUGGUGCGGCACGUGGCUUGGCUCAUCUUUGCUGAUGGCCUCCUCUACUGCCCCGUGGCCUUCCUCAGCUUUGCCUCCAUGCUGGGCCUCUUCCCUGUCACCCCUGAGGCUGUCAAGUCGGUCCUUCUGGUGGUGCUGCCUCUGCCCGCCUGCCUCAACCCACUGCUCUACCUGCUCUUCAACCCUCACUUCCGGGAUGACCUUCGGAGGCUCUGGCCAAGCCCUCGGUCCACGGGGUCCCUGGCCUAUGCUGCAGCCGGUGAGCUGGAGAAGAGCUCCUGCGACUCCACCCAAGCGCUGGUGGCUUUCUCUGAUGUGGAUCUUAUUCUGGAAGCUUCUGAGGCUGGGCAGCCUCCUGGGCUGCAGACCUAUGGCUUCCCUUCAGUGACCCUCAUCUCCUGUCAUCAGCCAGGGGCUACCAGGCUGGAGGGAAACCAUUUUGUAGAGCCCGAUGGAACCCAGUUUGGGAACCCGCAACCUCCCAAGAAUGGAGAACUGCUGCUGAGGGCAGAGGGAGCCACGUUGGCAAGCCGUGGCUCUUCAGGAGGUGGAGCCUUCUUGCCCUCUGGCUCUCUCUUGGCCUCUCACUUGUAAAUAUCCCUCCCUGUUUGUCCUCUCCCCUCCCAAUGAUGGCUGCUUUUAAAAGAAAUACAACUACAACUCCACACCAGGAGGGCCAACACUCCUGGCUCCAUUGUUCUGUCUCCAUGGCCAAAACCAAUGAGUGCUUCCAAGGUGCUGUUUUGACCUGGCCGCCUUCAGCUUCACUUUCACCCUGGGUCUUCCCUGUGAAGUCCAAAUGCGUAGAACAGAGACCUGGAAAUCUGCUUAGGGGAAAGUAGGAAAGUAAAGAACAGGGCCAGGAUUAUUGAGUGCAAACUGAGCAGGCAGACCUCACAGAGAAAGGCCCGGAAGAGAACUACUGAAGACAUUGGAGCAUUUCCCCUGUGACUUGAGGAUAGGCUAUAAAAUGUGUUCUGUGUCUCGUUAAUCUUUACCUAUGCCCAUGCAAAAAGUACUUCCUGUUAAAAUAUGUUUUGGAAGACAUGACAUAUUAUGUCCCUUUCUAAGAGUCAUGGGGUCAUGUUAGUGUCUAAAAGGUACUGAGAAUUAGGACCUUUUAACUUAAUUACUGCAGCAGUUAAGCUUAAUUACUUGACGAUAGGUUUCUGUUUGCCUUUCAUGGAAUCCUUAUAAAUAUUUCACAGAACAUAGCAUGGUUUUCUCCCAGGGGACUCAUCUUUACACCGUGGAGUACUACCUUAUGACGUCACAAGAUGCCACUGUCCUUGAAAGCCCCUAAGAAGCCAAUCUGGGGUGAAGUGCCAGAGGUGACUGGUGAUUCCACCAUCUAGGACAGCCUCUUCACAUUCUGCUGUCUUCCCCUCUCCCCCACUUAUCACCCAGGGCAGAGACCUGGUGCCUCUUCCACAAGGUAGGGCAGAAAGAAAGAGACCCUUGUGUGUGCUCCCAACCCACACCAACUACAAGCACUAAUGAGAUCUCUGCCCUCAGCAAGACAAGAUUCUCAGGUCCUGGCAAGGAAUACGCUGGGAAGCCUGUGGCUCUAUGGGACCCCCUAACUUGUAUGGUUUUACAUUGUAUGCCUACUGCCACAACCUUUCUUCUCAUCCCAAUCCUUUUUUUGGGAGUGGUGGACAAUCCAAGAGAAGGGAUAUUUGUAUGCGGUUAUUGCAUUUUAGGGAUGCUGUAGCUAUCUGGGACUCCUGGGUGCUCCCAACAGGCUCUUGAUCCUUCUGCCUCUCCCCUCUUGACCGUUCUUACCUUUUGCUUCCCCAAGUGCCUCCCAUCCCACUCCAAACACAAGAAUUUAAUCUCAGGAAGAGAAGGUAAGAAGUGGGGAGGAAUUCAAGACUCAGUAAUAGGUGAUAAUUGCCCUGGGAACUGAGUCUGGAUCCCAAAGCCCAGUGGAGCAUCAUUCUCUGCCUGAAUCCUGUUGUGGUCCCUGGCUGAGCCCUCUCUCCAAAAAGUCCAUCUUUAAAACAAGCAGAAAAGGUCCUUCUCUAAGUUUAAUAGUUACCUUUUCAUAGCUCAGUUUCUCUGCUGUCUCCCAGGUGCCCAGUGAGAAUUCUGGCACAGGCCAACAAGUAGGGUGAAGGAUGAGUCAGAGGCCAUGCAUGGAGCUUGAAACAUUUCUAAAUCUCAUGUGACUCACUGAGUAGCCAGCCCCUGGACUCUUGAAGACUCAGGAGAAAAGGCCGACUUUCUAAUUUCUUAGGGUCCUGUCAUGGGGUCAGUUUCAGAGUAGGCAUUCACUAAAUGGUGGCAAACCUAUUUAUCAACUCUUUCGGGGUACCUGAUCUCUUUAUUUCCCCAAGGCUGAUUGAGAGCCUUUGGUGGGGAAAGAUAUUUUGUUGUUGUUUUCCCAAGAAUUGAGAAUCUGAGAUUCCCCAGGGAUGGCAAAAUUGCCAUUAGUUUGGAGAAUUACCUAGAUUUCCUGCUUUUCUGCCACCACCACUGUGGGAUCAUUGGUACUUUUGGAGUUAAGGAACCUGCCUUGAGGUAGUGUGGAGUGGCCAUGUGUUGGUGGUCUAGGAAUAUAGAAAUCGUUCCUUAAGGAUGUCUUCUAUGAAAGUGAGCCAGCCCUUUUGGGAUGACACUGUUGUCAUCUUAUUGUCUGCUUCUAAAGGUCUGGGCAUCAGCCAAAGCUGGACUUUCAAAUUAAAGAGGAGGCAAGUGAAAAGAGAGUUGAAGUGUCUUCCAUAAACUAUUAUUAAAAACAUGUAGCCAGGAGUGGUGGUGCAUACCUGUAAUCCCAGCAUGUGGGAUGUAGAGGCAGGAAAAUUUAGAGUUGGGGGUCGCCCUCAGCUUCAUAAUGAGUUUGAGGCUAGCCAAGUCUAUAUGAGACACUGUCUGAAAAACAAACAAACACCAAACAAACAAACCCUCCAAAAACUAGUUCGUGUACAUUUGCUCCAAAUAAGACUAGGUACUAAAUUUCCUUUGUAUUUCGUUUUGGUCUAAAUUUCUAGCGAGUCCGCGUGUUAUUCCUUUGGUUAUCUUCUUUGUAAUCAGUUAAAGACUGUGUGUCUUCUUCUAAGCAAAUUUCCAGGUUUCUGUUCUACAUAUUUGGAUGUGACAAGAAAGACCAUCUGUCUCUGAUCACAGGAUGAAAAAGUGAACUGUUCAGAGCAUAUAAGUCCUCUGUUGUCAUCAUUAACAAAAUCUUCCCAAAUAGUGGCCACGGGAAAGAAUGCAUCCGGGGGCUAAGAUGGUAUGGUAGAUAUAUCAGGACCUGGUAUGUACUGGCCUGGGCUCUGUGUGCUGUGCCAUGAGCUAGUGCCAACCACAGUCUCUUAAAUCAGAGGAGAACUCAUGGUAGACCAUGGCUUGCUAAGCAUCUCAGCAAAAUGAAAAACCAAACACAAGUAGAGAUAAAAUUAGAAGACUAUGAGUUAGCAAAGCCUCUUUCUGGGCCUUAACUUUCCUCUUUAGCCCCUCUCCUGCUCCUUUGGGUUUGCUCUUCCAGGAAAAGUAAAGGCUUAAAAGUAAGGAAGGAGAAGGAAGAACUGGCAACAGGCAGAAGGCAAGUGGGGCAAAGAUGGGAGGAGGAGGAGGAACACCCAUCUUCCUAGCACCAGUCCCUCUGACUACCUCUGCUUUGGGUUACCAAGUUCUCCUAUGACCCACCAUGUCUACAUCCCUUCUGGGUUCCAGUCCCAUGGCCCCCACCCCCCAAGCCAUGUGAAAUAUAAAAAUUCUCAAGAUGUAAAUAUCCGGUUCUUCUGUAUAAUAAAGCACCAAUGAA